GCGGGUGGGCAGCGCCAUGUCGGGUGGCUCGGGCGGCCGGAUGGCGAGCCUGGGGUCGGCUGGGCGGCUGGUGAGCCCGGGGUCCUCGGGCAGCCAGACGCCCGUGUCGGGCGGGGGCGUGAGCAGGCACAGCUUCGCGGGCGGCAUCGGCCAGAGGCCCGUGGGAGGGACCAACAGGCACAGCUUCGCGGGCGGCAUGAGCGGCCAGCGGUCCGCCGGCAGCCUGGGCAGCCUGGGCAAGGUGGCCGGGGGCAGCCGGCACAGCUACGCCGGCGGCUUCGGCGCGGGCGCGGGCGGCGUGGUCGUCAAUCCGCUCGGCCAGACCUUCACCCUGCCAGCCCGGCCCCGUGGAGAGAUUUUCCCCGGGGGUAGCCUGCCCCGGUCCCUCAAGGAUAUCAAGAUGUCAACCAUCGCCCGCGCUGACGUCCACUGCCCCGUUGACCAACUCAUGAAGUCCACCGAGACCGUCGUGUAGGAGAUCACCAGUUCAGCUCCGCCUCUCUCUUCCCGCUUCGUUGCUGCCAUUUGCUGAUCCUCGCUCACCACGAACCAAUAUUUUCAUUUUUAAAUAAAAGUCAUGUAUAGUU